UGGUCAGCAGUGCUGUCAUUAGGCCACGUCUUCUACACCCCCGGUGACAAAACUCCUACCAGUCACGUGACGGAUCAGGCGGUUAACCGUCUGCAUGGAGCCGUCGCCUACUUGUUGUUGAAUGCAAAAUGAAACCAAUAGUCCUAUACAAUAAGUAAUUGGUUUACUAUUAUUCCUACUGGUCCGCUGAAUACGGAGGGAUCCCGGCAACAGGAGCUCAGUCUGUACCAAGGGCGCAGUUCGAGAAAGACAGGCUGAGGUCUGGUCCGAGUUGAAACGUUGUAGCGGUGCGGACGGAGUAGGCUAAGGACCCGCCCCCUGGAAACACCGCUCCUGAUUGGCUCUGCCGGAGAGGACCCGCCCCCUGGAAACACCGCUCCUGGUUGGCUCCCGCCCUCUGGAAACACCGCUCCUGGUUGGCUGAACGACGCGUCAGCUGCGCCAGCCCGCGCCUCUUUCCGCUGGCGGCGGAGGGCAGACGCGUCGUCGCACGGAGGCGGCAGCACGGCGCGGAGGGAACUCGUUCACUUUGAAACUUUUCUUACGGGGGAUCAUAUCGUUCUUGUGUCCGCAUUAACGCUCACCGCCGUCCUGGAUAUGGACUAAUAACCGGGUGAACGACGCAGAGAGCCGACCCCGGGUGCGACGGAAGCGGACUGAAGCUUUAAACCGGUUUAGUAGGUGGUUGGGCGCCGGAGAGACGGGACGAUGCCCGCCGCCACCCUGCUGCCGUUCACCGCCGCGCCGAGCAGGAAGUCCGCCGGGCCGACCUCCUCCUUCAGGCUGACGGAGAGGUUCAUCCUACUGCUGGUGUUCAGCGCCUUCAUCACGCUGUGCUUCGGGGCCAUCUUCUUCCUGCCCGACUCCUCCAAGCUGCUCAGCGGGGUGUUCUUCCACUCGUCCGCGGUGGAGACCAACACUCGGACCGGGACCGUCAGCGGCUCCGGCUCCGCCAACGACGAGAAGAUCCUGGCCAAGAUCCGCAAAGAUCACGAAGAUGCCCUGACAGAAGCCAAGGACACGCUGCAGAAACGACCCGAAGAGAUCAAGCAGGAGAUCCUGAAGGAGAAGGAGAAGGUCCUGAGGGACAGCCUGGGGCCGGAUGGGGGGGACGUGGACAGACUGCCCCCCGUGGAGUACCAGCGGCCCCCCGGGGCCACGGGGCAGGAGCCCCCGGACCCCCGGACCAGGGAGAGACGGGCUAAAGUCAAGGAGAUGAUGCAGCACUCGUGGGGCGGCUACAAGCGCUACGCCUGGGGCGCCAACGAGCUGCGGCCCAUCUCCAAGCAAGGCCACUCCAGCAAUCUAUUUGGCGGUCUGAAGGGAGCCAACAUAGUGGAUGCCUUGGAUACCCUGUACAUCAUGGAGAUGUAUGAGGACUUUGAUGAGGCUACUGCCUGGGUAGAGAAGAACCUGGACUUCAGCCUGAACACGGAGGUCUCUGUGUUUGAGGUGAACAUCCGGUUUGUGGGCGGCCUCCUGUCUGCCUACUAUCUGUCUGGGAAGGACGUCUUUCGGAGGAAGGCGGUGGAGCUUGGUGAAAGGCUCUUACCAGCGUUCAAAACAUCGACCGGGAUCCCCUGGGCCCUGCUCAACCUGAAGAGCGGGAUCGGGAGGAACUGGCCCUGGGCGUCGGGCGGCAGCAGCAUCCUGGCCGAGUACGGGACGCUGCAUCUGGAGUUCAUGCACCUGAGCAAGCUCUCUGGGAACCCCGAGUUCGCUCAGAAGGUGAUGAACAUCCGGAAAGUGCUGGAACGAUUGGACAAACCUCACGGCUUGUAUCCCAACUACCUGAACCCCAACAGCGGGCAGUGGGGGCAACAUCACGUUUCUGUUGGCGGUCUGGGUGACAGUUUCUAUGAGUAUCUGCUGAAAGCCUGGAUUAUGUCUGACAAGACUGACGAGGAAGCCAAGAAGAUGUACUACGAUGCCCUGCAGGCCAUCGAGACCAACCUGAUCAGGAAGUCCAGCGGGGGGCUGACAUACAUCGCUGAGUGGAAGGGGGGUCUUCUGGAGCACAAGAUGGGCCACCUGACGUGCUUCGCGGGGGGCAUGAUCGCCCUGGGUGCGGACGGCGCCCCCGGCGACCAGACCGGCCACCAGAUGGAGCUGGCGGCCGAGAUCGCUCGCACCUGCCACGAGUCGUACGCCCGUACAACUCUGAAGCUGGGACCAGAGGCCUUCCGCUUUGACGGGGGCGUGGAGGCCAUCGCCACGCGACAGAACGAGAAGUACUUCAUCCUGAGGCCGGAGGUCAUCGAGACCUUCAUGUACAUGUGGAGGUUCACCCACGACCCCAAGUACCGCGACUGGGGCUGGGAGGCCGUCCAGGCCCUUGAGCAGCACUGCAGGGUGGAGGCGGGCUACAGCGGCAUCAGAGACGUCUACGCCACCUCCCCCAACCAUGACGACGUCCAGCAGAGCUUCUACCAGGCUGAGACCCUCAAGUACCUGUACCUGUUGUUCUCUGAGGACGACCACCUCCCCUCCGACCACUGGGUCUUUAACACCGAGGCCCACCCGCUGCCCGUCAUCAGGAGGGACAGCACAGACCAGCCCCACAAAGACAAGACGGCAGCCUAGUCUAGGUGCUUGGUUCAAGUUCAAACUCUGAGCCUGCUCAACAUAUCCAGGAUCAACAGUUGUCUGGGGAAAACCCUGAGAAUUUAGGUUUACGGUACCAAUAUUUUCCAAUUAAUAUAAUGUUUGACAUGUUUUCUGCCCUAUGAAUGGCAACUGACAAUAGGCUUGGUUUUGUGCAGCUUUGAAUCCCAGUCCAGCCUGUUGCCUCUUUCUCCCAUAGUCCCUCAUUCACCACAUAUAUUCCCACAGCUCAACAGUGCCCCCACCACCACAUCUGUGGCACACUCCCUAAUAGUUCCCCAUCUUGUGGCCCCUGGCCCAGUGCAGGAUAUAUUCGCUCCUCCGUGAGGAGCACCUCACACACACAGUAUGACUUAUUGUUUAUACCCACCCAUUGGUUUUUGAGUCCCUUCUCUUAUACUCUGGAUGUUCAGUAUUUAAUGUACUUUGUUUAAAACGUUGACGCCUGUGUUGGAGAGCAAGGUUUUCCUGAUCCAACAUUCUGUCUUAUUUAGUCAUCAAAUUAGUGCCUUCGCUGCCUGGGAACACACAACAACAUGGAGACGAGCUAAAGAGGUUAAAUAGAACUGAUCUGGAUUUGUUUUCCUUCAUGUUGGUUUUCUUUAAGGUGGUCUGGUAGCUGAUGAAUGGAAGGUCGUAGGUUUAAGAAACUGCUUAUGAUUUCAAAGGUCCAGUUCAAUAUCACAUCUUUUGAUUCCAUUACCUCCUCAACCCACAUGUGGACCUGCCUCUGUAAAAGCAGACCUUAAUGUAAACGGGACAUGAGUGGCACCACCUUAAGCCUCCUGUAGAACACUGCCAUCUAGUGGUGAAGGAAUCUUACUGAAAAGCUUUCCCUCUUAUUUCAAAACUAUCCAACUGAAUAAAGAACAAAGGAAGUUCAUUUCAAAAGAUUGAACCUGACCAUUCCAUAGCAUUCUUUGUUGCACUGUCCUCAUAUCACAUUAGGUCAAGUUCAAUUUUUUUUGAUCACUGAUGAAUUACAAAAAGUCUAAAACAUGUCCAUAUGUUCAUGGGCUAAGACAUCUCAUUAAUGUGGUAAUUCAGUGAUGACAUUAGUGGUUGAAUUAUCCAAAAUCACACACCAGAAAUGGCCUUGUAUCAUCCAUGUGGUUUCUAACAAAUAAUGACAGAAAAUGACAGCAAACACAAGUCAGCACAUAUUUAUUAGAUCAUAUAAUAUGACUUCACCAAAAAUCUGAUAGAAAUUAUUCUGAUUUUAAAUCAAUGAAGUAUAUAAAGAAGGAUAUGGGACAAGUCAGCUUAAUGAGAGAGUUACUUCAUAUCCACAGGUUGAACCCUCUCCAUAGAGGAUUAGAUUUUACAGUACCACAACCUUCCUUUCUUCUCCCCCUCCUCUGCCAGUGGUUUCCAGAUCCCUUCACAUAAUCUAGUAGCAACCGCAUUCGGAAGCCGUUCUCAUAUCACUGUGGCACCAUCUGCAAUAUCUUUGGUUUUGUUUCUUUUCUUAGUUGAGGUUUAUGGUUUAAGUUGUAUUCAUAUGCCGAUGUUUAAAAGAAUAAAUGUAGCUUGUUAAUUUAUUCUAUAAUUGUUCAAGUAGGAUCUGGACACUGGAACAAAGUCCUCCGGGUGUGUUUAUGGGAUUAAUGUGAUGUUCUUCAACAUUAAGAUGACAUCAGGCACCACCAGGCCUAUCUGUUGGAAAGCACUGGUUUGGACUUCAGACUGCUUGCAUUUGAGGGACCAGUAGGACUAAGCAGUAGGAGCAACCAGUAGGACUAACCAGUAGGACACGCUGAUUGGCUGAUGGUUGUUAUAAUGGUGUGAUAAAGUACACAUGGAAUGCAAUCCAUAGAUUUAUGGCGGGAUUGGGGAGACAAAGGAUUAAAUGGAUGUGUCAUCCAAUUUGAAUUGACGGCUAUAUCCCAGGCCACUGCCCUUGGUAUUUUGUAAGUUUGUGUCUUUUGUUAUCUUGUGUUAUUUGCUUUAGUGGGAUAUUUUCUGUCUUGGAAAGCACAAAAUGGAAGCAGUGUACCGGCUCAAUACUAAUGGAGGACAUUUGCAAUGUGCAAUACAUUCAGAGAUGUGAUCCUCUCUAUUCUUUGGACAGGUAGAUUAAGCUUCAAUCUACCUGUCCAAACUACCUGCGUCAAGCUUUUAUAAUGACACCUCAUGUACGUUUUGUUUGUCCUAAAUUUGUGUUACAGUUGGGCAACAAUGUUAAACUCAGUCUGGUGAAAGAAGUAUCAGUUACUUUUAAUAAUACUUUCAGUAACUCAUUUGGGUAUUGUGUGGAUAUUUAUUGAUGCAUAGGACCAGCUUUAGGGAUGUAACUGGUAGAGACGGGGGAGUCUUCCCUGCUUCACCUGACAAUGUGUGGUCCUCCUCUGCCUGUAGCGUAGUGCUCCUCCAGCCUGAGUCUACAGAGCUGGACCCCCAGGGUUGUGCUGAAGCUGUGGCCCAGAGACUUUGUGAACACACCGUAACAAACACAUCAUGGCUUCUUGGCCACCAGAUUAGCUUUAAUUUUCUUUUCUGGAAAUAAAAAGGUGCAACAUUUUGAAGUAGGAAUUAUGGCUGACCUGAGGACAAAUGAAUAUGACUUAUCAAUUUGUUUGUCAUUCCGCAACUUUUUUUUUGUUAGCACAAUUUGUGGUGGAUAAUGUUGCCUAUGAAAGAUGGGUUGGAGUCAUUACUAGACACUGUGAUUUGCUGUAUGUAAAUGGUUAGCAUAGGUUGAUUAGCUUUGCUGGCUAAAAUCACUUCUUACAAUUGUGUUAUGUUAUUGAAAAAUGCAAAUUCAGAUGAUGGCCUUUCGUAUUUUGACCAUGUUGAAGGGAAUAAAUGGGACAAGAGUUGCAUUUGAAGGCCUCUGAUUGUUAUAUAUUGGCAUUAAGAUGCUUGAACGUGUAACCAUUACAAACUUGACGCUUAUCUUCUUUCGAACAUCUUUGUCAUAUUUGAUUUUGUUUAUUCUUCAAAGUAGGUUGAUUGUGGUGAUACUUUCAAUAUUGAUUAUUGAUGUGUCGCAUUCCAAUGCCUUUCUAGUUGUGAAUCGAACCUUUAUAAAAAGCUUUAAGUGUGGCGACCAAACCUCAGAAAUGUAAUUGCAGGACAUAUCGCCGAUGAUCAUUCCGCUGCACAUAUUUUACUUAGCAUUGUAUGCAGUAUUUUCAUUUUGUUUGGAAUUGUUUUGAUUUUGUUCUUUAUUUUUGUGUUUAUUAUUAUUGGAAAAAUGUAAAUAUUCCAUGAAGACAAAAAACAUUCUACAUUUAUAUAAAAAUUGAAUGAGCUUCGAAAUUAAAAGUGAUAUUAAGAGCAGCAAACUUUUUAAAUUAACUAUAUUUGUUACAAUUCAAUUGUGAAUAAAACAAUCUUUUAAUAAUU